GCUAGAUACUAGUGGUAGUAGUAAAGCGAAAGCGAACAAAAAGGGGAAAAAAAAAAGAAAAACAAGAGCGCUGUGUCGGAGACCACCGCCGGACCACCACCGCGACCCCUCGAUCCCGGCGAUCCCACAGCAUUGGUCGGUCCCCGUCGAUCCGGCCGCCGUGGGGUUUGGUCUGGUACUCUCUGGUGGUGGUGGUGGUGGUCGCCGUCGUGAACGAUUCCUUUUUCUGCUUGGAUUUUUUUUGUUGCUUUUGGUUGUUGUGAUCCCUGUGGGGCUCGGGUUCCGGCCGGUGUAGGGGAGGGGAGAUGGAUUUGGAGUCGGUCAACCCGGAGCUCGCCGAGAUCGACGGCCAGAUCGGCGACAUCCUCCGCGCAUUGCAAAAUGGGUUCCAGAAGCUGGAUAAGAUCAAGGAUGCCAAUCGACGGAGCAGGCAACUCGAAGAGCUCACUGAUAAGAUGCGGGAUUGCAAGAGGCUUAUCAAGGACUUUGAGCGAGUUGUCAAAGAUAUGGCAGGAAGUACCGAUCCUGAGACUGCUAGGAUGCUUCAUGAUAGGAAACAGUCAAUGAUCAAAGAAUUGAACUCCUAUGUUGCUUUGAAGAAACAAUAUGCAAGUGAAAAUAAGCGAGUUGAUCUUUUUGAUGGCCCAAGUGUUGAAGAUGGCUUUGGUGAAGAAAAUGUCCUGUUAGCAUCAAAUAUGACAAACCAACAGUUAAUGGAUCAAGGAAACCAACUAAUGGAUGAGACUGAUCAAGCUAUUGCAAGAUCUAAACAGACCGUCCAAGAGACCAUCAAUGUAGGUACAGAAACUGCAGCUGCUCUCAAAUCACAGACAGAGCAAAUGAGCAGAAUUGUUAAUGAGCUGGAUUCCAUUCAUUUCUCCAUUAAAAAGGCAUCACAAAUGGUGAAAGAAAUUGGUAGGCAGGUUGCAACUGAUCGCUGCAUCAUGGCCUUGCUUUUUCUCAUUGUUGCUGGAGUCAUAGCAAUAAUAGUCGUUAAGAUUGUAAACCCACAGAACAAGACUAUCCGAGACAUUCCUGGUCUCGCUCCACCAGUUAGCAGAAGGCUAUUGAGUAUUGUAGAAGACAUCUGAACUUCAUACAUGUGAACAAAUCAACCAAGAGCAGCUUGUGCUGUUUAACUCGAAGGUCGCAACUACUACUUGAACAUGAUGCACAGUGUUGUAAUACUAUACCCAUGGGAUCCGUGUGCGAGGUACUGUAAAAUUGUACGAGUAUGUUAUGACUCUGACAAGCAGGUUUGCUUGUAAGAACUGUAUUCUGUGAACAUUCACAUAUGUACACGAGCAUAUCAAUCUUUUUUAAGAGUGACAGCAGCGUAUGGAUCAUCCAAUAAUACAGCGUUUUUUGCAAAUA